AUGGCGCUAACGUGGAGGUCCUUCGACUUCUUCGAUGCAACCCAGGUCAAAAUCACCGACGAUGACACACGCACGUUUUUUGAGAGCAAUGAGAUAUCAUCGGCAUGUUCUGGGUCUGACAAUUUGUUCUUGGGCGGUUAUGACGGUCAAGUGCGCAUCGUCGGCUCCAGUUGGAAGGUUGUUCGCAGCUUUCCUGCCUACGACAGCGGGCCUAUCACCCACAUGUGCCAGAUCGAGGGAACAAGCCUCCUAGUCACAGUGGCUGAAGAACCGGGCAUAACAGGGGAUUCAGUCAACCAACCGGUACUCAAAGUAUGGGCACUCGACAAGCCUGUCAAGAUCAAGAACAUCGACAUACCAACAUGCCUAAGCACUGUGGUGAUUAACAAUGGCAAGAAGCCGUUCCCAAUAUCUGCUAUUGCGGCCACCGAAGACCUGGCACAGAUUGCUGUAGGCUUUGCUAAUGGCGCAGUCACCCUCAUUCGUGGUGAUCUGAUUAACGACCGCGGCACACGACAGCGCACUAUUUUCGAGUCAGACGAACCCAUCACUGGGGUCGAGCUCCAUGUCGAGGGAGUGCUGACCACCUUAUUUGUUGCCACAACAUCGCGCAUAUUGAAGCUGAUUAUCUCGGGAAAGGGUCAAAGCCAACAGCCCAAGACAGUCGAGGACGCGGGCUGCGGCGUAGGCUGCAUGGCGGUGGACAAGCGGGCGGGUCGGAUAAUUGUGGCCAGAGAGGAUGCUAUCUACUGGUACACAUUAGACGGGAGAGGGCCACCGACAGCGUACGAAGGUCAGAAGAAGCUGAUUGCAGUCUACCAGGAUUACAUUGCCUUGGUGUCGCCGCCUACACCAACAGGGGAUACUGAUGUUAUACGAAGGAGAUUUUGGGGUGCUGGUGCUGAUAACAUCUACACCUUUACCUUGAUCCAUCCUGACCUGAGAAUCAUUGCUCACAGCGAAACCGUCUUGUCAGAUGUGAAGCACAUCUUCCAGUUGUGGGGUGACCUGUAUAUUCUCACUCAAGACGGCAAGGUACUCCGAUACCAUGAAAAGCCUUUGCAGAAGCGACUUGACAUGCUGUAUCAGCGCAACCUUUAUACUCUUGCCGUUGACCUCGCCCAGAGAUGUGGGAUGGAAGCACAACAGCAGAACAUCAUAUUCCGCAAAUAUGGAGACUAUCUCUAUCAGAAGGGGAAUUACGAUGAAGCUAUGACCCAGUAUAUCAAAGCGAUCGACAGCACAGAGCCAUCCCAGGUCAUCCGGAAGUUCCUUGACACACAAAGGAUACACAACCUCAUUGAAUACUUAGAAGAACUCCACGAGCGCCACAAAGCGACAUCUGACCAUACCACUCUACUUUUGAACUGUUAUGCAAAACUCAAGGAUAUCGACAAGUUAGAAAACUUCAUCAAGUCUCCGGGCGAUCUGAAAUUCGAUCUAGACACGGCCAUCUCUAUGUGUCGGCAGGGUGGCUACCAUGAACAGGCAGCCUACCUAGCGAAGAAGCACAAUGAGCAUAAUCUGGUCGUGGACAUUCUCAUUGAGGACUCCAAGUCAUACGAGCAAGCGCUGGACUACAUAUGGCAUCUAGACCCGGAAGCGGCUUAUUCCUCGCUCAUGAAGUAUGCUCGUGUUCUCAUCGAGCACUGUCCAAAAGAUGCUACACAGCUAUUCAUCGACUACUACACAGGCAAGUACAGGCCAAAAGUCGAUGUUCAAGCGACAAUUGGUACUUUCCCUGUCACCAAUGGGGGAUUUGUUACCGGCGCCGCCACUGCCGUCCAGAGCCUUGGUCACCUGUUACCUCUACCAUACAUGUCAGGAGCAUCAGGACAACAGCAAACACAGGCCAAGUCAGCAGCUGAUGAUGCCACGGCAAAACAAGAGGUACCUGCGCCCAAGUAUUUCCCACCUCGCCCUCGAACAGCCUUUUCCUCGUUUAUAGACCACCCCGACGAGUUCAUCGUUUUCCUCGAGGCUUGCCUGAAAGACGACAAUGUCUUGCCCGAGGAUAAGAAGGACAUUUGCACCACCCUCUUUGAGAUGUACUUGCACAAGGCCAACGAAAAGAACAAGGGCGAGCAACACCGCGAGGAAUGGGAAGCGCGCGCCAAAGCCCUGAUCGAAAACAACAAGACUGCAGCCGCUACAUCAACCAAGGACAUCAAGCCAGCCAUCGAAAGCUCCAACGUCCUUCUCCUCUCUCACCUUUCCUCCUUCCCCGCGGGCACCACCCUCGUUAAGGAACAAUCAGGCCUUCUCUUCGACAUCUUCCGUUCCUAUACCUCCGCGCGGGACACACGUGGUGCUCUCAAAGCCCUGCACAAAUACGGCCCACAAGAGCCCCAGCUCUACCCGGCUGCUCUUGCCUACCUUACCUCUUCGCCACAGAUACUUGCUGAGGCAGGAGAUGACGAGAUCGCAGCCAUCCUGGACCGCAUCGAUCGCGACGGGUUGAUGGCGCCGCUCCAGGUAGUACAGACCCUUGCGCAGGGCGGUGUGGCUACUAUGGGUAUGCUGAAGCCGUACCUGCGAAGGAGGGUCGAGCGGGAAAGAAAGGAGGCGGCAGAGAAUCGACGGGUGGCGGGUCAGUUCAAAGAGGAAACUGAGCUGAGAAGAAAGGAGAUGUUGGAUUUGCAGACGAAGCCGGCUAUUUUCCAAGCAGUGCGGUGUGCUCAGUGCGGAGGAGGCUUGGAGUUGCCUGUGGUGCACUUUUUGUGCAAGCACUCGUUUCAUAGGCGGUGUUUGUCCUCGUCUAGUACGGCGGCCGCCGAGGAGUACCAGUGGGGAGCUAGUGAGGAAGACGAGACCCGGGUCGGGGAGUGUCCGGUUUGUGCAAGAGAUAAUGCCACGAUUCGGGCGCUCAAGAAGAGCCAGGAGGAGAACGCGACCAGGCAUGAACUGUUCAAGGAUGAUCUGGAGAGGAGCGAGGACCGGUUCAAGACCGUCGCUGAGUGGUUUGGACGUGGGGUGAUGUCAGUCUCGGGUGGGGAUUGA